CAAACUCGUCGUGUGCCAUUGCUACGCCAUGCAGUCUGUGCUUUUGUACUUGUCAGGAGUCUUCACGACUCUCCUAGUACUCGCAACGCAACCGGGGGCUGUUGCGCUGAGCUCCGGUCUUCAGCAGCGGUAUCUUCGCGAUAAAGCGUCUUCGGACUGGCCCUCGCUGCGUUUCCAUUUCAAGGUAAAGCGUAACUGCGUGGGCAUCUUCGGACAUACAGACUUCUCCUUAUUCGCCAACCCAGUGGUAUCUACCGAUGGAUCCAGCGUCCUCUACGACGUCUUUGGAAAGUUUAAAGACGACACCUCAGUGUACAACUACACACAAGUGGACGGUGUCUCGUACUUACGAACGACAGAAGAAGCCUCCGAUACCAGUACGACCCAAUGUCUACCGUCCGAUAUGAACGAGUUCCCUCCAGUCAACGCUAUCGUUUCAGCACUAAACGAAGCCACGCCCUUGUCGAAUGCCAAUAAUCCCUUCAAGUGCGAUGGCAGUCUGUUCAAAGUGACGGCGAACGGAUUCAAUUUCAAUUUAUGUGCACUAAACAACGGUUUCAAGAUGUAUGGAAGUGAGAUGGAUAUUACCGUGAGCUAUCGCAAACAUCGAGUGAAAAUCGUGGCUCCAAAGAGUGAAGGCUGUGAAGCUGAGGAGAUAUCGAGCUCGGUAUCGUCCAUUGGAAAGGCUCUACUUACUGGAACUCAGUUAGCUAUGGAGGAAUUACGGAACUUACAACCUGAGCUGUCUAUUUGGUCUGACGAUGACAGUGAUGACGAUGACAGUGAUGACGAUGACUCGUGUUCAUGCAAGUCGACGCCACGUCCGUGUAUCUUCAUCCAUGGUCUUGGAGUGAAAGCUGAAUCUCCUGUCCUUGAGGACUCGUUGCCGUACUGGGGGAAAAUUAUCCAAGAUCAUGCUCCGUGUUGUACAUCUAUCAAGUUCGCACACCUGAAUACAGUGAACUACACAUGGCUCAACGGUACUCAACAGCAACAAGUGUGCGAUCGCGCUCUGGCAGUGAGCAACAGCAGCACGAAGCACGUUAUUAAGGAUACGAUUGUCGUCACUCACUCCAUGGGAGCCCUCAUGCUCGCUGGCGCUAUUGCUAGCGGGAGGUGUAAGCUGGACCCGAGCUCAACUUGGGUGAGUACAGCUGCACCAAUGCUCGGAAGUAUGGCGCCAGAUUACGCCCAGGAAGUGUGUGCGGGAGAUACCAAUCUGAUAGCUGAAAAGCUUGCCCAGUUUAAAGAUCAAUGUCCGGUACAAAAAGCGACGAAAUCACUGGCGUACUUUAACGGAUCUUACAGCUCACCGAGACUUAACAAGGCGUACAAGGUUGUUCAAGAAGUCUAUCGGACAAACGUGUCAGCGGUCAUGUGCAGCGAGAGCUAUUCUGGAAUUCUAUCGUCGUAUCAAGCGAGUUUUUGGAUACUGGGCGAGAUGAUUCCGCACAAAUCCAAGAAAAAUGAUGGUACGGUGGAGUUUCAUAGCUGUUCUAAGGGGCUUGACCUGGCGAAGUUUGGAGAUACAUAUAAAAGCCGCUUCUAUCGGACAAAGUUGAAUCACUACGACAUGCAGUUUCGAGCUGGAGACGCGUUCUGGAAUAAGGCAAAGAUGCCAGUCAAGUGGUUCGAGUGUCUACUAUAACCAGACGGCUUUGUUUAACAGGACCUAAUGGGUCGAUAGUCUUUUUGUUUAGUCGUUAACAAACGACUAACGCUGUUACUGAUCGCAUCUUGGAGUGACGCUGGUGCAGCAUUACUAUAGUAUUAUGCCAGCCAAUCUACAUGUAGCUGUCUCAGUAUUGAAUGAACUCUUAUAUCAACUUCGCGC